AUUUUUUUAUUAUACAUAUACACCCUUCAAAAACGGGAAUGGAUUAUGAGCUUGAAACUUUUUUACCUGAAAAUUCCUAUCCUUGAAUACCAAUGGAUCUUUCUUUUCCCUCCUUGCUAAUCUUGCUUUCUUCCUUUCUCUUCUUGUCAAUCGUUGUUAAAAUAGUAAAGAAAAUUGAAACCAUAAAUUCAAACGAUAAGCUGCCACCAGGGCCAUGGAAAUUACCCUUUAUAGGCAACCUACAUCAGCUAGUUGGCUCACUACCUCAUCGAGUUCUGAGAGAUUUAGCCAAUCACCAUGGACCCUUAAUGCACCUACAGCUUGGUGAAAGUUCCACCAUCAUUGUUUCAUCACCAGAAAUUGCCAAAGAGGUGAUGAUAACACAUGGUAUCAUCUUUGCUGAUAGACCUUAUGUGGCUGCUUUGGAUGUGCUGACUUAUAAUUCCAUGGACAUUGCCAUGACACGGUAUGGAAAUUAUUGGAGACAGAUGCGGAGAAUUUGUACAGUGGAACUUUUAACGGCAAAAAGAGUGCAGUCGUUUGAAUCAAUCAGACAAGAGCAAGUCUCAGGUCUUGUGAAAUAUAUAUCUUCAAACCAUGGCUCCCCAAUCAAUCUUACCAAGAAGAUUUUUUCCCUGACAUAUAGGAUCACAUCAAGAGCAGCAUUCGGUAACGUAUGCAAGGAACAUGAUGUAUACUCAUCAGUUGUGGAUGAUACAAUAAAGCUGGGUUCUGGAUUUAGAUUUGCAGACAUGUUCCCGUCCGUUAGAGUGCUUGAACGAAUUAGUGGACUGAGACAGAAAGCUGAGGCUCUGUUUCAGAAGAGUGAUAAGAUACUUCAAGGCAUCAUUAAUGAACACAGAGCCAGUCUGGAGAGAGGACUAAUAGGUGAAGAAGUCAAGGAAGACUUAGUCACUGUUCUUUUAAAGAUUCAACAACUUGGUGGUCUUGAAUUUCCCUUGACUGACAAGGAAAUCAAAGCAAUCAUUUGGGAUAUGUUCAGCGGAGGAGGCGAGACAUCAUCAACAAGCGUAGACUGGGCAAUGUCAGAAAUGGUAAGAAAUCCAAGGGUGCUAAAAAAGGCACAAAAUGAGGUUAGACAGGUGUGUCAUGGAAAGGGAGAUGUGGAUGAAGCAAGUAUUAAAGAAUUAAAAUACUUAGCAUUAGUCAUCAAAGAAACCUUGAGGUUACACCCUCCACUUCCUCUGUUACUUCCAAGAGAAAGUCGAGAGAAUUACGAAAUCAAUGGUUACCAAAUUCCUUCCAAGACUAAAAUCAUAAUCAAUGCAUGGGCUAUUGGAAGAGAUCCCAAGUACUGGAGUAAAGCUGAGACAUUUUAUCCUGAAAGAUUCCUCGAUAGUUCCAUUGAUUUCAAUGGAACAAAUUUGGAGUACAUCCCAUUUGGUGCUGGAAGAAGGAUGUGCCCAGGCAUAUCAUUUGCUCUUCCUAACAUUGAGCUGCCUUUGGCAAAGUUGCUUUACCAUUUUGAUUGGGAGCUUCCUAGUGGAAUGUGGCAUGAAGAUUUAGAUAUGACUGAAGACUUCGGUGUGGCUACAAGAAGGAAAGAUGAUCUAAUCCUAAUUCCAACCUCUCAUGCCAAUUAAUCUCCUGAAUACCAAUUUUCUUCCCACCAUUUACUGUUAAUCUAAAUAAAGAUGUUUUUAUUGUUAGAAUAAUUUGUGCUUUCGGCACUAACAACAUGAGAAUAAUAUUCCAAAUCAAUUACUUGAA